AUGGCUUCAGAUUCGAAGCGAGAGAAGCUCGGCGAUAGGCCACCGUCAGACCAGGUCAAGACCGAGGUCUCUCAUAUGGACCAUCCCGGACGAUUCUCUGAAGCCACGGCCAUCGAUGAAGAAGAGCGAAAGCGAUUAGAGGCUUCCCGUAAGCUCGAAAACCCCCUGUUCGGCCUCACCCCCGAGCAGCUGGCCCGGAAAGGAGAGGAGUAUUGUCGCGAACAUGGCAUCGGCGACGAGGAAGAUAUUCGUGCUUUUCGUCUCGGCGCCAUGAUUGCUGGGAACAUGAACAAAUACGACACCAUGGCCGAGCUCACUGCCCAAGAACGUGCGGUUCUCGAUGGAGAAACCACUCAUAAGUGGCGAAACCCAAAGAUGCUUUACGGUGUCGUCGCAGUGUGUUCCUUUUGCGCCGUCGUGCAAGGAAUGGACGAGACCGUCGUCAACGGUGCCCAGUCUUUCUACAAGGGCCAAUUCGGCAUCGGAGGGAAGACCGAGAGAGACACCUGGCUACUCGGCCUGACGAACUCGGCGCCCUACCUAUGUUGCGCUCUCAUUGGUUGCUGGCUCACUGAGCCCAUGAACAAAGCCUUUGGUCGCCGUGGCACCGUCUUCAUCUCCUGUCUCAUCUCUGCUCUCGCCUGCUUCUGGCAAGCAUUCACAAACACUUGGUGGCACAUGUUCAUCGCUCGCUUUGUGCUUGGCUUUGGCAUCGGCCCGAAAUCUGCCACAACCCCCAUAUUCGCCGCUGAAUGCGCACCGCCACGUCUGCGCGGAGCCCUCGUGAUGCAGUGGCAGAUGUGGACAGCUUUCGGCAUCAUGCUUGGCUACGUUGCUGACCUAGCGUUCUACCACGUACCCGACAGAAGUGGCAUUGUCGGCCUCAACUGGAGGCUGAUGAUGGGUAGUGCGAUGAUACCUGCUGUGCUCGUCUGCGCAUGUUGUUAUCUCUGCCCUGAGUCCCCGCGAUGGUACCUCACCAAGGAUCGUCACUCUGAUGCCUUCAAGGCCAUGUGCCAGAUGCGAUUCGAGAAGGUUCAAGCUGCCCGUGAUCUCUUCUAUGCUAAUGCCCUGCUCCAGGCAGAAAAAGAAUCUCGGGGUAUCGGGAAACAAAACCGGUUUAAAGAAUUUUAUGCGAUUAGACGUAACAGAAACGCGAUGAUUGCAUCGGAAAUUGUAAUGUUUAUGCAACAAUUCUGUGGUGUGAACAUCAUCGUUAAUUCAGAGAUCUUCCUGGCUGCUGAGUUUUCAGAAGUGAGCGCGUUGGCGGCAUCCCUUGGUUUUGGUAUUAUCAAUUGGCUCUUCGCCCUCCCAGCCUUUUACACCAUCGACACUUUUGGAAGACGCAACCUGCUCUUGACAACGUUCCCCUUGAUGGCUAUUUGUCUGUUCUUUACCGGUUUCUCGUUCUACAUUCCCACAAACCCAGCCAAGAUCGCCUGUAUAGCCACAGGCAUCUACCUCUUCGGCAUGGUCUACUCCCCUGGCGAAGGCCCCGUGCCAUUUACGUACUCCGCCGAGGCGUACCCGUUAUACAUCCGUCCCAUCGGCAUGUCCCUCGCAACCGCCACAACCUGGUUCUUCAACUUCAUCCUCGCCGUCACCUGGCCCUCGCUGCAGGAAUCCUUCACCCCGACCGGCGCGUUUAGUUGGUACGCCGGCUGGAACAUCGUCGGCUUCUUCCUCGUCCUCUUCUUCCUCCCCGAGACAAAGGAGAAGACCCUUGAGGAGUUGGACGCCGUCUUCAGCGUCCCGCUGAGGCGCUUCGCGCGGUACGGUCUCGCGCAAUUCGUCUUCUUCUGGAAGAGGUACGUCUUCCGUCAGGACGUGACGCCGCCGGCUGUGCCACUGGCAGGGGACGUCGCGUAUCACCGGGAGCAAUUCAAGCAGGAGAAGGAGAAUAAUCCCACUGCUCGUGUUUGA